GUUUGUUCUCUGUGGGAGGUGCCAUGAAAUUCUCCACCUUUGUGCAAGUGACAAAGUAAUGAUUCAUUAUUUUACUUCCUCUGACACUGCGAGAUGCCGAUUUUCUGGUAUCAGCCGCGGUAUGAAAAGAAUCAAAGGCCAUAUUCUCAAGCUUUCAUUAGGAGGCAUAUGUCAAGUUUACCCUGCAAAAGAUCUAUUCAAAUCCAUACGACCAAUCGCGACUGAUGAACUUUGCAAGAAAAUUGGUCAAAGCACUCGAGGUUCCUCAUAUUCAUGGGGAGCGUGCUCCCUCCGGCCUGCAAUUCGUUUCGAGCGAUGAUCUACUGCCAGUUCCAUUAGAAGAAAGAACAUGGACUGCAUUUAGUUAUGUCGCUUUCUGGGGGACCACGUCAAUCAAUGUUUCAACUUGGAUGAUAACCUCUAGCAUGAUUGUCCUCGGCAUGUCGUGGUGGCAAGCUUGGCUGGCAAUCUGGAUUGGUUAUGGUGUGAUCACGCCGUUUGUCGUCCUGCUGGGUCGACCGGGUGCUGUAUUCCAUGUAACCUUCCCUGUCGUCAACCGUGCCAGCUUCGGAAUAUUUGGAAGUUUGUGGUGUGUAUUCAACAGAGCGACAAUGGCAUGUGUCUGGUAUGGGGUGCAAACAAGUAUUGGCGGUUCAUGCGUCUUAGUGAUGCUUCGUGCAAUGUGGCCAAGUGUUAACAAUAUCCCAAAUUCGAUGCCGUUGUCCUCUGGCACUAACACCAGGGAUUUUAUGUGCUUCAUCAUUUUUUGGGUUAUAUCUUUGCCCUUCAUAUGGCCUCCCGUGCACAAAAUUCGUCACUUCUUCACGUUCAAGAUGAUAAUUGCUCCCGUUGCCUGUAUCGCCUUUAUGAUUUGGUGCAUCGUCAAGGCAAAGGGCGUUGGACCAAUUGUCAAGCAGCCAGCAACUAUCCAUGGCUCAGAACUAGCAUGGGCCAUUAUCAGUAGUGCUUGCAUUUGCAUCAGUAAUCUCACAACACUGUUGACGAACGCACCAGAUUUUGGAUCACGGGCGAAGACUCCAUCUGCGCCGAUCAUUUCCCAGCUCUGGUCCAUCCCCUUUUCUUACGGUUUAAUCUGCCUCUUCGGUGUGAUCGUCAGCUCCUCGUCGCAAACAAUUUAUGGGGAAGUGAUCUGGUCACCCGUGGAUUUGCUAGGAAAGUUCUUGGACAAUAACCCAUCCCCUGGCACUCGAUUUGGCGUAUGGUUCAUCGCUUUCUCUUUUGUUAUAGCUCAGAUAGGAACGAACAUCUGUGCUAACUCGGUCAGUGCGGGUUGUGAUCUGACAGCGCUGUUUCCACGUUUCAUCAAUAUCAGACGUGGCGGGUAUAUAUCAGCCAUUAUCGGACUUGUCAUGUGUCCCUGGAACCUAGUAAAAAACAGCAGCCGUUUUUCUUCCUAUAUCUCUGCGUACUCUGUUUUCAUGAGCGCGAUCGCGGGAGUCAUGGCCACCGAAUACUAUUUUGUGCGCAAGGGACAUUAUAACGUCGCUGACCUCUACGUCACCCGCAAAGGAAGUUGGUAUUGGUACAAUUAUGGUUUCAAUCCCAGAGCGUACGCAGCAUACGUAGCAGGCAUCGCCAUCAAUGUAGUGGGAUUCGCUGGGGAAACUGGAACGCCCGUACCGGCUGCGGCGACUCACAUAUUCGAUUUGUCCUUCUUCACAGGAUUUGGUACUUCAAGUAUCGUGUACUAUUUAUUGAACAGGAUGUUUCCGGUUCCUGGAGCUGCUGACGUGUUUGAGGAAAUAGAUGUGUCUGGGUACGAGGAAAGGAUGACAGACUGCGACGAAGAUAAGGACUAUUCCACAGAGAAGGAAUCAUCUACCGUACAGAUUUGAUGGACUUCGGAGGUAGACUUGAACAGUGUUGAUGAAUCCAUGGAGGAUGAUCGGUUCGAGUUGAAUGGCCUGUCGUAACGCUGUCGAAGGACAUUCCUGGCAAGCGAGCAUAGAAGUGCCAGGGCGGCGUGGUAUGUAGUCACUGCCAAUAAAUCAUGCUCGAUUGAGGAAUGGUGCUCAACUUCUGUGACGAUGGAAGUAAGAAGUGCUGGCAGGAUGAGGUAACUUAAAUUCAUCGACAAACAUUCUCGGCAGGAUGAUUGCUAACUCUUUGAAAGUUCCAGAGUGGUGAUCACGACUCGCGAGGAAGCAAGUUGCAAUUAAGGUAUGGUUCGGCACCAGCGUCGAUCGAGUUGCUUACACGAUUCAAGAGGGGGUGGAUGCCGUGUCCGUCCCCUGAGGAUUGCGCAUAUAAAUGAUGUUACGAUUGAUGUUUAAAGACCAACUUCUCCUUGCCUCCCCAACGU